UUGAACUCUCGCAUGAGCGGUGCUUAUAUGACCAGAUAAACUCUAUUCCAGGAAGAGAAGUUAUUUUCGUCACCUGUACGUAGAGUACGUUCACUCACAGAAGCCAGAACGAGGCGCUUACAGGCUUUUCACCGUGUCAGCUGAUGCAGAAUCGGAAUAUAGACGCGAAAGGGAGAAACGCCUGUUUUAGCCACUUGAAUACCGCUUUUCGGUUUGUUCGUCUCAAAGGAUGGCUGAGCCACCACGCUCAUGUGACUGCUUCAUAUCCCUGCCACCUGGCUCUCGUGAUGAUCACGUAAUUUUUGGAAAAAACUCUGAUCGACCACAAGAUGAGGUGCAAGAGGUUGUGUACUACCCUGCUGCCUCACACCCUCCAGGGUCUUCUUUACAGUGUACAUACAUUGAAAUUCCCCAAGCAGAGCACACCCUGGCGGUAGUAUUAAGCCGGCCUGCCUGGUUGUGGGGUGCUGAGAUGGGGGCCAACGAGCAUGGUGUCUGCAUUGGGAAUGAGGCCGUGUGGACCCGUGAGUCAGUCAGUGACAAAGAGGCUCUUCUGGGGAUGGACCUUGUUCGGCUGGGACUGGAACGUGGGGAGACCGCUAAAACGGCUCUGGAUGUGAUCACCAGGCUCCUGGAACAGCAUGGCCAGGGGGGAGCCUGUAGGGAAGACCCUGUACCAUUCAGCUACCACAACACUUUCUUGCUGGCUGACCGCUCAGAGGCCUGGGUGCUGGAGACAGCUGGGAAAUUCUGGGCAGCUGAGAGAAUCAUUGAGGGAGUCAGAAACAUCUCCAAUCAGCUGACAAUCGGGUCAGACAUUAUGGCAGAGCACCCCCAGCUCCGCAGUAUAGCUCAGUCCCAGGGCUGGUGGAAUGGAGAAGGGGAGUUUAAUUUUGCCAUGGCCUUCACCCCUGACCAACUCCCCACCAGAAUGGAGGCUGCUAAGAAACGGUACCAGUGUGGCACUGAGCUGCUUCGGCAACAUGAUGGCAAAGUGACUAUGGAAGUGAUGAUGGGGAUCCUGCGGGACAAGCCCAGUGGGAUCUGCAUGGAUUCUGGAGGAUUCCGCACCACUGGGAGCAUGGUGUCUGUCCUGCCCAGGGACCCAGGCCUGAAAUGCAUUCAUUUCUUCACAGCAACACCAGACCCAUCCAGGUCUGUGUUCAAGCCCUUUAUCUUCACUGAGUCAGUGAUGCCAGUACCAAGAGUCAUGUCUCCACAGUAUGGGCUGGAUGACCCUGCCAGAAAGCAGCCACGCUUCCAGACCAAAGUGGACCGACGCCAUGAGCUAUAUAAAGCCCACCAGGCAGCUCUGAACACCAUGGAGACCAACCUGGAGGCAGGGUCUCAACUGCAGGAGACUCUGCGAAGCUUGGAGGCUCAGUGUCUGACUGACAUUGCUGCAUUGCUGUGUGGGGCAACAAUGGAAGGGGAGGAGCUGGGGGACCUAUUCUUUGACUGUGUGGACACAGAGCUGAAGUUCUACCAGUGAGUGUGCCGAGGUACAGAGAGAGGGCAUAUGUUAAUGAAUGUGUGACUCAAUACUGAGAGGUUAACCAUUGUGUCUACUGUUAAAUUUAUACUUUAUGUUUAUGGUGAUGAAUAUUUACCAAUCCCAAUUUUAUGUGAUUUUGCUGGGCAGAAAGUCUUAUGUUUGUUAUAGCCAAUACCAGAUCACUGAAGAGGAGAAGCAUAAUGACACGCACAGCACCCUUUAUACAGGUAGCCUAGUCAAUACAACGGUUUAUGUAGACUGGGAUAUUGUAUAUUUCCAUAUAUAUAUAUAUAUAUAUAUAUAUAUAUAUAUAUUAGCAUACUGUAGAAGCAGUAGCUCAAACUAUUAUUUGUAUAUGUGCAAUAAACCACAAGAGGAACAAUUUUCUUAGCUAGUUAUGGGUACAAUCCAUUGACACUCACCCAUUAGUAUUAGUAUAUUGACAGUUAAUUAACCUUAACAAAGACACUUUUGAUUUGGGGGCAACUUAAAAACAUAUUUCUGUCAUGUAAAAAUUAUGAUCUUAUAUUUGUUGAGUAUUUCACUACAUCAAUUACCCAAUGAAAUUGUUGAAAAUUAAAUGUCACUAAUGUGAUCAGGCUUCCUGAUGUCAGCUGAAAGCAUACUUAAACCCUGUUACAUGCUACCCUCAGCACUGAGUUAGCUUCAAAGACAAUUUGUCACACCUUUUAAAGACUUAUAAAUGAUUCAGACACAGCCAUUUUUAUCCUCCUUACUUUCAAACCUCCUUACUUUUCGGAAUCAUUAUUCAGAAUGUCACAUGUACAUGUUGGGUAAUUGCUGUUGACAGCACUGCAACGCAUACACACACACACACACAGCUUCUGUUGACACUGCUACACUGGCUUCUUUUAUUUUGUCAUUCUUUUUUGGAGUUGCUUUUAACCCAUCCCUUUUAAUAUACUGAAAUCCGAUGGUUCAUAUGCAAGAGAUGUAGAUGAAUGGCAGACUCCACCACUGUCCCUCAAAACACCAUACAGGUGAAGCCCACUUGAGCUACUGGUACUGGAGGCCAUUGUGUAUAGUGGAGUUGGUCUGAAUGCAGUUAAUCUUGUAAUCUUGUAUGGUAUUAUAUUAUAACUACCACUAUCCCAUCUUACCAAGGAAAUGUUUUCAGAACAUUUCAGCAACAUCACAAGAUCUGUCUGGCAAUGUGUCAUCCAAUCAAAUCAAUAUAGCAACACAAAUGGGAGAGUGGAACUAUAUGAUCAGUAGUGUGCUGUAAAUGUAAUAAAUGAGUAGUGAAUGAAUAAAAUGCAA